ACUCAUUCUUUCUUCUGAAACAUGUCGUCGUCAUCGACAUUGUUAUGUAUGUUUCUGUUGUUGGGUUGCAUAGGCAUUGCUACUGAUGCUGCAACCGAACCCAAAACAGAAAACAACUUUGCUACUUCUUCAAUUCGAUUAUGGCCCCGAUGGUGGUGGCUUACUCACCCAAAAAUACCAUCACCACCAACUCCAUCUCCAUCUCCAUCUACGAUUAAUAAUGCUGCUUCACCACACACGGCUCUGUCUUGGGCACCGGUCCCGACUCCAACUACUUAUUGCAUCAAGGUGGACAAUUGUGCAUUAGAUUUGGUCACUUCCGUUUUCAAGCGUAGAAUUUCAUUAUCCACUCAAUGUUGUCAAGUAGUUUCAACAAUUUCAGAUGAUUGCUUUUACAGAGAGUACACGCACUCAAAGAGGGUACCAUUUUUCCUUGGAAAAGUGAGAAACUAUUGUAGUCAUGCGGUUGAUAAUGCGAUUCCAUCUCCAUCUCCCGUUGAUAAUGCGGCUUCACCACCUCACGCAUCUCCAUCUCCAUCUCCGGUUGUUAAUGUGGCUUCACCAACUCAUACGUCUCCAUCUCCAUCUUCGGUUGAUAAUGUGGCUUCACCAACUCAUGUGGCUCCAUCUUUAGUUGAUAAUGUGGCUUCACCUACUCAUGUGGCUCCAACUCCAUCUCUAGUUGAUAAUGCGGCUCCACCAACUCAUGCGGUUCCAUCCCCAUCCCCGGUUGAUGACGUCAUUCUCCAUCAGCACAUGGAUCCCUCUUGGGGUCCAACCACAUCACUUCUAUUUUCAAGCGUAGAAUUUCAUUAUCCACACAAUGCUGCAAGUACUUUCUACGAUUUCAGAUGAUUGUUUUUACAGAGAGUACACACACUCAAAGAGGGUACCAUUUUUCCUAGGCAAAGUGAAGAACUAUUGCAGUCAUCGUCAUGACUGAAGGAGAUCUUUUCCUUU